AUGUCCUCCUUGUUGGACUGUAUUAUGACAAAGAAGAAUGAAGACAGUGCUUCGGAACGUACUCAAAAGCUGGGAGCUUUCGCAGCAUCAACUAAUGCGAACGUGAGACCAGAAAUUUCAACAUCAAGGUCAACAGAUCAAAACACUCCAGACUCGUGGUGGUGGAUUUUCGCAACUGGAAACUUGACACACUCAAUUAUAAUAUUGAUCUCUUGUUUCCUCUUUUCCAAAUGGGCCUCUGAGAUGGACCUGUCGUACUGGAAACUCUUAUUCAUAGCCGAAGCAGUCAUACAAGGAAUGCUUGCCACCAGUGGGUUGCUGAAUGCUUCGUCACGAAGACAUUUCAGCUACUCACAACACACAACAAUCCCAACAAUCGCAUUACGUUCUCUCGUGAUACUUCAUCACCUGCUACGAGUCCCAAUACUCUUCCAUCUACCAUAUACCAAUAAUUUACCAAUCGUCGCAGUAAUAGGAUCUGUCAUAAUAGCAGUAGGAACAAACAUACGUGUACAACGACUCUUUGCAACAUUGGUUUUGCUCAAUCUUGCGAUGUCUUUGUCGAUAUGGAAUUUGGCAUGUGGAAUGUAUAGUUUGAAUGUGUUAUUGACGGCUGUUGGGGUUUAUCCUGGAACAGUAGCAGAGGCUUUCAAUAUUGGUGUGUGGUAUUGGAUGGCGCAGACUGUUGCUGCAUCAUAA